AUGACAUCAUAUUGUAAUCCUUCAGGACUGAAGGAGCCUCAACUGGAGGCAUCAGAGGAGGUGCUGGAGAACAGCAGGGUGUUUGUCAAUCUGAGGCUGAAACAGCACCCAAAUCUCUCCCAUUGCAACAUCAGUGAUGGUGUUCAGCACCUGUUUUGCAAAGCAGUUCAGCGUCUUAACAAGGACAUCUGGAGUGUAACCCUGUCCAGCCUUCUCCUAGAUACACAGAACCACGUCAUCUCUGAUUUAGCAAGAGAAGAAGACCUGAUGGAGCAUGGACCACAGAUCUGCACACCUUCAAUCCUUCUGAAGCCUUCAUCAUUCACCAGCAUCAACAUGAGAGCUAUUGUGCUGCUGUGCCUGCUGCAUGCAGCAUUUAGUGAGGGUAGACGUUAUUCCUGGAAUGGACCUAUCCAAUUAACGACAAUGUCUCCAACUCCAACUCCCAAUGAAGAUAAUGCGUGUCUUACGGACCAGACGUCAUGUGGAUGCUGUCUGAUGCAGACACACAUGGAGAGGAUGGAAGGGUUCUUUAACGUGGGUCUUGAAGAAAUUAAGAACGAGCUGACAAAAGCAAAAAAGGUCCUCGACAAUAUGAGAGCAAGCCGUAGUGCCUUCUCCGUGGCUCUCAGCAGUGACAGUACUAUGAAGUGCCAUGUCCCCUUUACUAUCAACAAAAACAUUGUCUACCAACACGUCUUCCUCAACCUGGGAGGCGGCUAUGAUGAGCAGACUGGUAUCUUCACUGUUCCCUACUCUGGUGUCUACAGUCUGACUCUGACCCUCUACGGUAACGCUGUCUUCCUCGGUGAGAAAUUGUCCACUUGUGCAAGUUUGCGGGUCAACACACAGGUUGUGGGUACAAUCGUCGAACGAAACGGCUCGGACCGUGAAGACAGUGCCACUGUUUUUGUGGCCGUGGAACUGAAGGCCGGGGACCAGGUGGCUGUCAGCCUGCUUGAAGGAUGUUUCGUCUGUGAUGACAACAAUCACUAUAACACUUUCACUGGCUUCUUGCUGUAUUCUACUGAUUGA